AUGGGAAAAAUGGCAAAACCCAUAUGUAAAACGCCCUCACCAAAGAGUGAGAGCGUGUGCUAUACACGGAUCUAUCUAUCUAUCUAUCUAUCUAUCUAUCUAUCUCAGGCGUUUAAUUAUCUAUCUAUCUAUCUAUCUAUCUAUCUAUCUCAGGCGUUUAAUUAUCUAUCUAUCUAUCUAUCUAUCUAUCUAUCUAUCUAUCUAUCUCAGGCGCUUCAUUAUCUAUCUAUCUAUCUAUCUAUCUAUCUCAGUCUCUUUACUAUCUAUCCAUCUAUCUAUCACAGGCGCUUCAUUAUCUAUCUAUCUAUCUAUCUAUCUAUCUAUCUAUCUCAGGCGUUUAUCUAUCUAUCUAUCUAUCUAUCUAUCUAUCUAUCUCAGUCUCUUUACUAUCUAUCUAUCUAUCUAUCUAUCUAUCUAUCUAUCUCAGACUUGUUACUAUCUAUCUAUCUAUCUAUCUAUCUAUCUAUCUAUCUAUCUAUCACAGGCGCUCCAUUAUCUAUCUAUCUAUCUAUCUAUCUAUCUAUCUAUCUAUCUAUCUAUCCCAGUCUCUUUACUAUCUAUCUAUCUACCUAUCUACAGAAAGUCGUGCGACACAAAAAAUUUCUCUUUGAUAUUUGUGAAUCUUUGCUUAAAACGGUGCAAGAUGAAAUUGAGUUAAAAAUUCUCAGGAGAAAUUAG